UAUAAUCACAUCCAUUAACCACAAUCCUUAUAAUAUACAAUCAAUAUCACGAUCACAAUCACCAAAUAACAAGUAAAACUAGUUUUGUCUUUUGAUUAUUGACUAUUAAGUGUAUAAUCAUUAGCUGCUAUGAUACUCUGGAUACUCGACCUGUUAACUAGAUGGCUAGGCAAAUGUGGUUACAAGCAGGAAGCAGCUAGAUGCAAUGAUUCUGCAAAUUCUAGAAAAGCCAUGAUCAAUAUUAUUUUGUGAAAAUCAUUUCAAUAUGAUUUCCGUGGACCACGGUUGGAAAUAGAUUUACAAAAUCAUACAACAUUUAGUUUGUGGGAGCACCAUCAUUCAUGAACAUUGUCAUGCCAUACAUUUCUUAGUGUCUAAUAUCAUCCAAUAUUUGACUAUUAGACAAAAAAAGUGUUAUCACGGUUCAAAAUCAAUUUUUUUUCACAAAAGAGUUUCGRCAUUAAUCCAUUGCCCUAGUCCUGUAGAUACACUCAGAGUGGGCGGAAGCCUAGAAAUGACGUCACCCUUCAACCCCCGCCCGACAUCCAUGUUAUUGAUUUUCACCCUUGCUUUYUUUGGCCAUGCACAGGCGCAACUUAAGGGGUAUACACAAGUAGUCUACUGGUGGAGGCUGAUGAGUUCGUGUCUGUAGGUCGGACAUUUUCACCAGUUAUGUUGUGAUAUUUAUAUUACAGUCUUUUAGGGUAGAAGAAAGAUCAUUUAAAUAACGUCACAUUACAUAUAGGUACGAUAAAAAAGGCGUCAAUCAUGUCWUCUKUGAAAGUAGCCGUUCGAGUACGGCCUUAUAACAAUCGAGAAAUAUCUAAAGAUUGUAAAUGCAUCAUAGAAAUGGCUGGUUAUACUACAUCUAUAACAAAUCCAAAACUUCCUCCUAAUGUUAAGGAUGCAACAAAAAGCUUUAAUUUUGACUAUUCUUACUGGUCUCAAAAUCCUUCAGAUCCAAACUUUGCAUCCCAGACUAUGGUGUAUAGAGAUAUUGGCGAAGAAAUGUUGCAACAUGCUUUUGAAGGUUAUAAUGUAUGCAUAUUUGCAUAUGGUCAAACAGGAGCUGGAAAAUCGUACACUAUGAUGGGGCGGCAAGAAGAAGAGGGUCAAGAAGGCAUAAUACCAUUAAUUUGCAAAGAUUUAUUUCAUAGGAUUAGAUCAACUACCAGUGAUGAAUUACAAUAUUCUGUUGAGGUUAGUUAUAUGGAAAUAUACUGUGAACGUGUUCGCGAUCUAUUAAAUCCCAAAAAUAAAGGUAAUCUUCGAGUUCGUGAACAUCCUUUAUUAGGACCUUAUGUAGAAGAUUUAUCAAAACUUGCUGUUACUACUUAUCAAAAUAUCCAUGAUCUCAUUGACGAAGGCAACAAAGCCAGAACAGUUGCUGCAACAAAUAUGAAUGAAACAUCUAGUCGGUCUCAUGCAGUUUUUACUAUAUUCUUUACUCAAAAACGGCUAGAUGAAAUGACUCAACUAACUACUGAAAAAGUUAGUAAAAUAUCACUAGUUGAUUUAGCUGGUUCAGAAAGAGCAGAUUCAACUGGUGCAAAAGGAACUAGGCUUAAAGAAGGUGCAAAUAUUAACAAAAGUUUAACUACCCUAGGAAAAGUUAUAUCUGGAUUAGCUGAAAUGUCAGCUUCUAAAAAAAAGAAAAAAGGAGAUUUUAUUCCUUAUCGUGACUCUGUUUUAACUUGGCUUUUGAGAGAAAAUCUUGGAGGAAACUCUAAGACUGCAAUGAUUGCUGCUAUUAGUCCUGCAGAUAUUAAUUAUGAUGAAACAUUAUCUACUUUACGGUAUGCUGAUCGUGCAAAACAAAUAGUAUGCAAAGCUAUUGUUAAUGAAGAUGCUAAUGCUAAACUUAUUCGAGAACUCAAAGAAGAAAUACAAAGACUUCGAGAUUUAUUAAAAGCUGAAGGAAUUGUAGUACAAGAAGGUGGUAAAAUGGUUUAUGGGAAACUAAAAGAAAACCGAGAUGACGGAGUAAAGAUGCUUAAGGACAGUGAUGAAAAACCUAAUAUUCCUUCAUCUAUGAUUGCUGAAGAGGCUGUUGACCAACUUCAAGCUAGUGAAAAACUGAUUGCUGAACUAAAUGAAACAUGGGAAGAAAAAUUAAAACGUACAGAAGAAAUACGAAUUCAAAGGGAAGCUGUAUUUGCUGAAAUGGGAGUAGCAGUUAAGGAAGAUGGUGAUACAGUUGGAGUUUUUUCUCCACAAAAGACUCCACAUUUAGUCAACCUAAAUGAAGAUCCAUUUAUGUCUGAAUGUCUUAUAUAUUACAUCAAAGAGGGUGUAACACGUGUUGGAUCUGCUGAAUCUAAAAUCACUCAAGAUAUUCGACUGUGUGGCUCGUAUAUACAACGUGAACAUUGUCGGUUUGAGAAUUCUAAUGGUGUUGUUACAUUAAUACCGAUAAAAGGUGCCUUAUGUUAUGUAAAUGGACGAGAGCUUACAGAACCUAUUGUCUUGAAAACAGGUUCAAGAGUAAUUCUUGGGAAAAAUCAUGUUUUCCGAUUUAAUCAUCCAGAACAAGUAAGGGAACGUAGAGAACAUCAAAACAAGACAGAAGUAACUGCAGAAAAUAUUAAAGAAAUCACAUCCAAACCAGAGAAGAGUUCUCCUGCCGAAACCCCCAUUAGUAAUGAGUAUGUUGAUUGGAACUUUGCACAAAUUGAAUUAUUAGAAAAACAAGGAAUAGACCUGAAACAAGAUAUGAAACUUAAGCUAAAUGCUCUUGAGGAACAGUUCAAAAAAGAUAAAGAAACGGCAGAUCAAAUAUUUGAAGAACAACGCAAAAAUUAUGAGGCUAGAAUAGAUGCACUUCAGAAACAAGUUGAAGAACAAAGUAUGACUAUGUCAAUGUAUAGUUCCUAUACUCCAGAUGAUUUUAUUCAAGAAGAAGAUAUUUUUGUUAAUCCAUUGUUUGAUGCUGAAUGUAAUUGGACUGAUAAAGAAUAUCAGUUAGUUUUAACAACUUGUCGUAAAUGGAAAUAUCAUCAAUUUACAUCACUGCGGGAUGAUUUAUGGGGAAAUGCUGUCUUUUUAAAAGAAGCCAAUGCUAUAUCAGUUGAAUUAAAGAAAAAAGUCCAAUUUCAAUUUACAUUGUUAACAGAUACUUUGUAUUCUCCAUUACCUCUGGACUUCUUGACUGAUGAUGAUGAUGUAGAUAGACCGUUUCCUCGUACAUAUGUUGCAAUCGAAGUUCUCGACACAAAGAAUGGUGCUACUCAUUAUUGGACAUUAGAUAAAUUGAAACAAAGAUUAGAACUUAUGAGAGAAAUGUAUCAAAAUGAAGCUGAAAUAUCACCUACAUCUCCAGACUUUAAUAUAGAAGCAAUUACAGGUGGAGAUCCAUUUUAUGAUAGAUUUCCAUGGUUUAGACUUAUUGGCAGAGCAUUUAUCUAUUUAAGCAAUCUUAUGUAUCCUGUACCUUUAAUUCAUAAAGUAUCAAUUGUUAACGAAAAAGGUGAUGUCAAGGGUUACUUACGUGUUGCUAUACAAGCAGUUUCAGAAGAUGAGACUUCUGAUAACUCUUGUGGAGUUAGACAAUUUGCAAAAAUUUCUUUUAAUGACAAAGAUCUUUUAGGCCGUUUGUCGGGGAAAAAAAAUACUGAUAUUAUUGAAAGAGUUGUUACAGGAAAAAGUAGCAAUAAAGGAGAUGAAAUUGAAGCCGAUGGCGAUAGUGGUCAUGGAGACAGUUCUAUGUCCUCUGAUAUCAAAGAUGAAGAACUUCCAAGUCACCUGUUAAUUAGUAAAGAUUUUACAUUUAGAGUUACCUUAUUACAAGCUGUUGGUGUUCCUGACGAAUAUGCUGAUAUUUUUUGUCAAUUCAAUUUCUUGCAUAGACACGAUGACGCAUUUUCUACAGAACCUGUAAAAAAUUGUGGUAAAGGCACACCAGUUGGAUUUUAUCAUGUACAAAAUAUUACUGUUCCUGUUACAAAAUCAUUUGUAGAAUAUAUAAAGACACAGCCAAUUGUAUUUGAAGUUUUUGGACAUUAUCAAAAACACCCACUUCACAAUGAUGCUAAACAAGAUAGUACUUUUGUUCGGCAACCUCCAAGAAGAAUGUUACCUCCAUCAAUACCAAUUAGUUUACCAGUACGUUCUCCAAAGUUUGGAGUAUUGCCCUCAUUGUGCACAUCACAUAUACAUGCCAAGUAUGAUUUAUUGGUUUGGUUUGAAAUAUGUGAACUUGGUCCUGAUGGGGAUUAUGUACCUUGUGUGGUUGAUCAUAGUGAAGAGCUACCAUGUCGUGGACUGUUUAUGUUACAUCAAGGUUUACAGCGCCGCAUACGUAUUACAGUAGUACAUGAAACUGCUCCAGAAUUACGUUGGAAAGAAAUACGGGAACUUGUUGUGGGUCGUAUUCGCAAUAUACCUCAAUCAGAAGAUGAUGAUACAGACAAUUCAGUACUUUCACUUGGCUUAUUUCCUGGAGAAUAUCUUGAAAUACCUGGUGAAGAUCGUUGCAUGUUUCGUUUUGAAGCAGCAUGGGAUAGUUCGUUACAUAAUUCUAUACUUUUAAAUAGAAUAUCUACUGGAGGGGAACAUAUCUUCAUAACUAUAUCAGCUUAUUUAGAGCUGGAAAACUGUGGAUGUCCAGCAAUAAUUACCAAAGACUUAAGCAUGGUUAUCUAUGGUAGAGAUGCACGUACAGGACCUAGAUCCUUGAAACAUUUAUUCAGUGGCAAUUAUAAAAACAGUGAAGCAAAUCGGCUAUCUGGCAUUUACGAGCUUGUGCUGAAAAGAGCUUCAGAAGCAGGUAGUCCAGGUGUCCAAAGACGACAAAGACGUGUUUUGGAUACAAGUUCUACUUAUGUACGAGGUGAAGAAAAUCUUGAAGGUUGGAAACCACGUGGAGACAGUUUAAUAUUUGACCAUCAAUGGGAACUGGAGAAACUUACCAGACUUGAAGAAGUAGGCCGAACAAGACACAUGAUUCUUCUUAGAGAACGGCUGGGUCUUGACAAAGUACCAAUCACCAAAUCUGAAAAGGAAGUGUGCAACAUAAUAGCCAAAGCAUCAAGUUCCACUAAAGAUAUAAUGAGGCCGCCUAGUCCUGUGGUAUUACGCAACAUUGAUCCUAGUGUUUAUGAACCUUGGCAGAUGAAUGAGAGAGAACGAUUCUUGGCUACAAAAUGUAUCAAGCUUAUUCAAGGAAGAAUACCAUCUAAAGAAAAUUUGUUAUUACCUUACACUAAUGUAUUGACUCCAACUGAUGAUAAAACUGACUCUAACAUAAGUCAUUCAUCAAGUUGUGUUACUAUUUCAAAUCAUGAAUUAUUUUCGCCAGACCGUAAUUUUCAACGUAGUUUAAAUUUAAAUGAUUCUAUAUACCUUAAUCAAGAUACUAUGAUUUCUUCUCAUUCAUCAACAUCUGAACCACAACUUGUGUUAUAUGUCCCAGAAGUUGAAGAGAUAAGAAUUAGCCCUGUAAUUUCGAGAAAAGGUUAUUUGAAUAUACUAGAACAUAAAACUAAUGGAUGGAAAAAACGAUGGGUGACAGUAAGACGCCCUUAUGUAUUUAUAUUCAGAGAUGAAAAAGAUCCAGUAGAAAGGGCAUUAAUUAACUUAACUACAGCUCAAGUUGAAUAUUCUGAAGAUCAAUUAGCCAUGGUCAAAGUACCAAAUUCAUUCAGUGUUGUUACCAAACAUAGAGGCUAUUUAAUGCAAACAUUAUUAGACAAAGAAGUAUAUGAAUGGCUAUAUGCCAUAAAUCCUCUUUUAGCUGGUCAAAUUCGGUCAAAAACAUCACGGCAAAUAAUGCCAAAUGGACAAAAUCWAAAGCCUGCAUUUGUGUCCAAUCCAAUUGACACACAUCAAUAAAUAUCAAAAAUGUAUACAUACUUUUUACUACACUUAUGUGUAUAUUUGUUUGUGUAUGUCCUAAAAUGUUAAAUUUAAUCACAUUUAAAUAUCAGCACUGUUGUUUUGCGAUAUACCAUUUAGUAAUGUGCCAUUGAAAUGUUGCGCUUUAUUUAAUUAUGCUGCCAAAACACAUAUAAUUGCUUUUAAAAAAGGUUUAAAACAUUUAAAAUUUUAAAACAAAGGUUGUGAAAUAGUCGAUUCAAUAUUGUAUAAUUAUCGGUAUUUCUUAUCUCUUAUUUUUUAUACCGAUACAAACCAUUACUUAAAAGAAAAAAACAUAAAAGAUCAAAUAAUACUAUUUUUAUUAUUUCUUCAAUCAUUAUUGUGAUAUUUUGU